AUGAAGGAUCUUAUAACUCAAAUGGUUUGUACGGUCUCGAAUGAGAAGUGCUUUAAAGGUGAAUGUGACAAUUUUCCAACGCAAGGUAUCACAGAUAUUCUCACUGGUAACGUUAUGAUGGAUUUGGAUGAUGAAUGCUCUUGGACUCUAUGGAAGAAAGUUCAGAAUAAGUUCGACCUUCAACAGAUGUUUGGCUCAGUUGAUUCUCUAUUAACAGAAAUUGAAGAAAGAUGGCCUUUAUUCUUGCUUCAUACACAUAUCGAUCGAGAACAACGUGAAUACAUUAAAGGCUUGCGUAGUAAAUCCACAAACGACACGUUUGUGGUGGCGCAAAUAGAUUUUUCAAUGAAUUACACACUGAUACGUCAACGCGAAGUUCAACAAGGAUUUUUUAGUCUGCAUCAAGUCAGCUUAUUCACAAAAGAUCUUACCAUUGGAAAUGAACAGCGAAAUUUAGCAAUCAUCAGUAAUCAUAUGGAGCAUACAACAGCGUUUGUGCACUGUGCACAGAAAAUUCUCACGGACUUCAUCAAAAAAAGUUUUCCAUUAGUAAAAAAGAUCAAUUAUGUGAGUGAUGGUGCAUGUGCUCAUUUCAAGAAUAAUGCCAGUAUCUUGAACCUGAUUCAUCACAAAAUCGAUUUUGGUUUAGAUGCUUGUUGGACAUUCACUGCUACAGGACAUGGAAAAGGUGCUGGUGACGGAGUUGGUGCAGUACUCAAGUCCACCACCAGACGUAACACACUUUCCAAAAACAUUCUCAUGUCAAAUGCAAAAGAUUUUUAUGAGUUCUCUCAAAGACAACAACUUGAAACGGCAAGAAGAUCCAACAAAGAUAUUCCAGCUAUACACGUCUUCUAUCUUGAAUCGGAUGAAGUAGAAAAAGUAAAGAACAAUUACUUGAAAACUAGGAGCGAAAAACUUCGAUUAACAGGUACAAUACAAGGUAUUCGCAGUAUGCAUGAAUUCAAGCCGAUUAGCCAUUCAACGGUUCAAUAUAGUUCGACAUCUCGCUCAACACAGAUAAGGACUUUUACGUUUAAAUAA